AUCUAACAUCAGAUAUAGUGCCAUCGAGAGCUUUCUACGGUGGACUAGAAGACUUGUAGACUCCGAAUAAAUCUCGUCUUCGUAAGCAAAGAGGGAAAGUUCCGUCAAGCUUUUUGCUCACCCACACCCACCGCGACAUCUGGGCAUCACGCACCAACGAAUCGAAGCAGACGACGACUCCGGGACCCAGAUCUGUGGACGCUGUUUAAAAAGGAUAAAACUACAAGAGUCCCCAGUGAUUUCAGCCACCUGAGAGCAGAGAAGAAAACAAAACAAAGGAAAUGGGCAUCAACUUUAUUUCGGAUCUACGGCCAGGUUUAUGCUCUAACACUAUAUGUGUUAGAGUCUCAAGACUAUGGGAAUAUAGAGGAAAGAACGAUGAAGAUCAGAUCAAGCAUCUAGAUAUGGUGCUUAUUGAUGAAAAGGGUGAUUCCAUAUAUGCUGAAGUACCUGAUGAUAUUCUCUCGAAGUUUCAACCUAUUCUGCAUGAGGGACAAAUUAUCUCCAUAAGAAGAAUAACAUUAGACAGAGCAAAGGCAAUAUAUAGAGCUGUUGACAAUCCCUUGAUGAUCAGGCUAAAUCAGUACACAGAAAUUGCAGAACCAAAAGACCCAGCACCUGAUUUCCCAAAAUAUACAUUCUCAUUGACACCAAUAUCGGAGUUAAAUCAAUACAUUGGGAACCAAGGCGCAUUCCUAGAUGUCAUAGGAAAGAUCACAGCUGUUUCAAAUGCGGCAACAUUGGAGACAAGUUCAGGCACUAUUAAACUGAGAAGGAUAAUCCAUUUGGUUGAUCACAGUGAAAACAUGAUCGAACUAUCAUUGUUUGGACCAAGAGCACAGGAAUUUGACGGGGACACAGUGUAUGAAGUUGGACGAAAGUCUCUUGUUAUAGCAAUAUUUGUUGGAACUUCUAUGAAGCAGUACAAGGGGUCAGCUCCUUUCUUAAGUGGAAUAGCUGCAUGCAGAUGGUAUGUCAAUGAAAAUGAUGUCACUGAAAUAAGAGAUUUCUACAAAUGUUUACCAAUCCAAGCAGAACCAGUUAAAAAACUGCAUCUCAAAAACCAUGAAGAAAUCCAGAGACAAAUUGAAACAAAGAGUUUGUUAGAGCUAAGAGAAAUCAAUCCAUUUGAUCAUGUGGGCUUCAAGUUUGAGUGCACUGCAGUAAUAAUUCAAGUAGCCCAGAACCAAUAUUGGUGCUAUCCAGCCUGCACAACUUGUGGCUCAAGAUCAAUUUUUGAUGGAGGAAAAUAUCAUUGUUCCAAGGACAGUUGCACAGGAACAAGUAUUGAGCAUAGGUACAAAGUUUGUCUUAUUGCAAGCGAUACAACAUGGCAGCUCUGA